CUGGGAUGGAACAUGGCGUAAAACCUGAGUCAUCGUUAGCAUGUAAAUGUGAUUGAAGCCUGCACAGCUUGGAAAAAAAUUCUCAAGGUAUGGACGAGAAGGGUGGCCCGAGUGGUGAGGACGCACCCAAGGCCAUCAAGCCCACCAGCAAAGAGUUCAGGAAGACGCGGGGGUUGCGGAGGACCACCAUCGCCGAGCGCGAGGGCGCCGGGGAUGUGGAGGUGGAGGCCCUGGAGCCGCUGCCCCGGCAGCAGCAGGGCCCGUCGCCGCGUCGCAGCGGAAGGCCGCCGAAGCGCACCGAGCGGGUGCAGGAGUCCCUGACCCCGGUACGGCGCCGGGGCCGGAGGGGCACCCCCGUGUCCCUAGAGGACUCGGCGGAGCCGGCGUCCUGUCCAGUGACAGAUGCGGAGAGCGCCUCCGAGGGGAGCGUGGAAAGCACCUCGGAGGGAUCUGGCUCCACGGGUGCUAAGGAACGAACGGCCUCCUCGGCAAAGGCCAGAGGGCGUGGUGACGAGGACGACACCUCCGAUAGCGACGGUGACGGGUCAGCGGUAGAGGUCGUAGAGGCGCCUGCUGCUGCCAGACGCGUCGGCCCCGGGCGCUCAAGCGUGGCGCGGCCCGACUCUAUCUAUCGCCCCAGCGACCCUAUCCUGGCACUCGCCGCGGCCAUCAGUCGCUUCCUGAGCGCAGAGAAAGAGGACAAUCCGAAACCUAAUGAGAAACCCAACACAAAUCCCGAAAAAAUGAUGCUUCAGGAAUGUAGCGUUCAGGCAGGCAUUCAGCUCUCUUCCGUGCCCAAGAGCCUGGCUCCAGACAAGAAGGAGAACACAGUGGAGAAGGUGGAGGUGGUCCCUCCAGGGAGUGAGGUCCUCGUUAAGGAGCCGACCUGUGAGAGCAGCACGCCAUCCUGCGCCGGCGACCACCAUUGCAAUGCAGUAAAGCCAGAAAAGACUGCUGCCCCCUGGCCGCCGCUGUUGUGUAAAUCCGUGAAGGAGGACAGACGCGCAGAGGCCGAGGCGGCGGUGGCAGCGGUGCCGAAGAAGGUGGCUCCUCCAGGCUCUUCUGGGGGCGGCAAGCAGCCCUCGCCCAGAAACCUUCCAAAGAAGUCCCCUCCCACGGGUUCGUGGGCCGCAGCCAAACCGGCCAUCAAAAAGUCGCCACCAGCUUUGAAGCGCACAAUCCGCAAGGGGCCGUGGCUCUCGGCUGCCCCCUCCCCCUCGGGCAGCGCUCCCCCGGCCAAGCGGGCACGGCUGGCACCUGUCUCUGCCACAACUGCUUCCAGAGAGAUCCCCGGCCCCGCUGCUUCGGUGGGCGCCGUCAGGGAGCCCGGGACCACCUCGGUUCCCCUGGCCUCUCCAGCCCCGGGACGCCUGGGCCCCGCGAGCCCCGCCUCCUCACAGCCAGAUGCUCAAAUUCGGGAAAACAUAAGACGCUCCUUGAAGGAGAUCUUGUGGAAAAGCGUGAUUCACGCCGCAGGCCCUAGCGUUGGCGCCUUAGAAGUUCAGCUCUUCAGAGGUAGCAUAGCCCAUCUGCAUGGAGGACAGUCGAGGGCCCUGGGCUGCUGCGAGGACGCCCCCGGCAGGGGCUCCCCAGCCCUCCCCACCCCCAGCCACGUGGCCGAGUGCGUUCCUCCUCCGCCGCUCCUGCCUGCAGAGCUGGCCAAGGCUCCAGCUUGUGGCUCGGCCUGGGGACCUGUUCUGCCAGCUCUGGGGCCGCGUCAGUGA